AUGAAGCCUCUUGGCUACUUCGUUCCGCAAGCUAUCGCAGCAUUAAUGUUUUCUUGGGUGACCGUCUUUAAUGAAUCACCUAUAAGUGCACUACCCACCAACGGUGACUCGGGCGGUGAAGAUCACCCUUUAGAAGGUAUUGCAUUUUACGCCGAGGAUGAGGAGUUUUAUCGUAAGGUCAAAAUCCUCGUAACACUUACUAGGCCAGAUGGAGUGCUCUUUGGCUUUUUUGAGACAUUGCCAUCUUUAUUGUCUGCCUCUGAAGCCACACCGGAGGUUAAAGAAGCAGCCAUACAUGAAUGCCGUCAACUGUUGAAUGCUGUUCAAGACGUGACUGGUAGAUAUAUAUAUUUCGCCGACUUAAAAAAUAUUCUUGAUAAGUACCGUGUCGUAUCUAGAGGACUUAAAAGGAAAAAUUUAACACCUGAACUAUCGGCUAAACUUAGAAGCGCCUUGGAGAAUCUAACAGAGCAAUUCAAAGGCAAUGAAAGGACGGCAUCCGGUAUUUUCCAAUUUUACAACGCCUCUAAGUACCGAGAAACAAUCAGACAGGCACAGUUAUUCAUUCAAAAAUAUACAGGCUAUACGCAAACGGCGCCAGAGCAUAAUAUUCCAGGGUCAUCGGUAAGAAGCAGACUAAACCAAGCAGUGAACACAGCAGACUUCGUGAAAAAUACAGGAAUGAUCCCCAGUGAUGUGCCUCAAAGUUACUUAAGUUCUGAUGAAGGUAAUGAGACGAUGCGAGUAUUACUCAACGAUCGGGAAAUACUACAAACUUUGCAUGAGAUUCAAGCAAUGGCUAACAAAAUAGAGGAAAUUUUACACGAGCCCUUAAUGAAUGACAUCAAUUUUUACGCAGCAGGUAGCCCUCCGAUUUUAAAUACUGAGUUGAUUCUCAAAUUUCAGGAGCAUUACGACAAGUUAUAUGACACCCUAAGAGACAUCAGAUAUGCAUGGCCGAUUCACAAGCGUUAUAACGACAUCAAUGAUAUGCUGAAAGUGAUUGAUCCUCAAUCCCCUCAAGCAUCCGAAUUAAUACGCGAGCAACGACAACUGGAGAUAUCAUUCGAGGAGUACGGACCUGUUGUAGUUACCAUGUCUGCGAAAUAUGUCAAGUUGAAUACAGCAGAUAUACUAACUAUGCUGGAAAAAAUUGAAAAGGAGAGGAAACCAGCUCAAUUGGAAUCGACCGUUCCUACUGCCUCACCACAGGAUACACCACCCUCAUCAGCGGCAUACGUUCCAAAGGAAUCUACAUCCUUACCACAAUCAAAGGAGAGUAGUAACACCACAGCUCCAACAAUUCUUAGUCUUGGUGAGGGCGCAGGUUUACCACUGACAAAGGAGCGAGGUGAAACCAUAACCACAUCGAAGAUUUCAAAAACAAUUUGCGACGAACCCUCACAAAUGCAGAACGCGCAAAAGCCAUCGAUAACUGAAAGUGGAGCUUCGGGUGAAUCGAGCUCUGAGCAACCAGCAGAAAAGAUCGCUCUCCGCGUAAAUGUUAUCAAUUUGUAUAAACGGUCGUCAGGAUUUUUGACAACUGCUAUCACGGUGAUUCGGACAAUGGUAGCAGUUGGUGUAAUCGCGGUGAUAUGA